AUGCAGCGCAUCUUUAUCGACCCUACAAACGAACAACCUCCGACUCACGAUCUCCCUCGGACGGUCGUUCUCCCCGAUGUACUCCCACCAUCCAAGGACACAAAACACCAUCCCACUGAUUCGGGUAACGAGAAUGGCACUGUAUUCUUCGUCGGGGCGGCGACGGUGAUUAUAGAAUGGGCAGGGAUCCGAAUCCUGACUGAUCCAAAUUUCCUUCAUGCCGGUGACCGUGCCCAAUUUGGCGCCGGUGUCUCCAGUGAGAGACGUACUAACCCCGCGGUUGAGCUGCAUGAUCUACCUCGGAUUGAUCUGAUUCUUCUAUCCCAUUGCCACGGUGACCAUUUCGACCAGAAAGUCGAAACCUCUCUACGCCGCGAUAUUCCCAUCGUUACCAGCCCCCACGCACGAGUCCAACUCACCCACCAAGAGCACGAAUCCUUUACGAACGUCUCUGCAUUAGCGCCCUUCGAAACGGGUCUCGUCGAAAUCGGGGGUACCGGUGGACCUAAACGACCACUGCUACGCAUUACGGGCCUGCCGGGUAAACAUGUACCGAGUACUGCCGUAGCUGGGCUGCUCAAUAAAAUGGCCAAUGCAAUUCCCCCCACGACCGGCUGGAUCCUGGAACUCGGCACCAGCGCCGACACCCACGAUCCCACCGAGUUCACCCCGGGCUACCGCAUCUACAUCACGGGCGACACCCUCAUGACGGAAGCCCUAGACACCAUCCACGAACGCUACACGGCCCAAGAUAAACCAAUCGACCUAAUGCUUGCUCACCUCGGUGGAACGAUGAUCCCCUCGCCGACUCUCUCCCCGCUCGGGUUCAUGGUGAGCAUGGAUGCGGCGCAGGGCGUGCGAUUGAUGAGAAUGAUCGAACCGGACGUGACGAUUCCGAUUCAUUACGACGAUUAUGAGAUUUUUGCGAGUGGCUUGGAAGAAUUUACGAAGGAGGUUGCGAAGAGUGGAUUGGAGGGCAGAGUUGUUGUCUUGGAGAGGAGGGAGAGUUAUCGAUUCCGGGUUAGGGGGGAGGUGUGGAGGGCGAGGUCGGAGGAGACUUAUUUUGGGGGUGGGAAUAGUCCGUAGGGACGAGAAGGGGAUUGAAGAUGAGUUGGUGGAAUAGAGUGAGGUUUAUUUUGGGGAGAGUUGAAAUAUGAAGUAUAGAGUUAACGGCGACCGAGGCAACGGAUGAUGGCAUCCCAUAUCGAGACCACCUAUACGACAACCUACAAUGGGAUUGUAGUAAACGGAAGCAGUAUCAUGAAAGAUCAUCCGUUUCGAGCGUGUUUCGGAGACAAGUCAUCGUUGUGGUUCUAUUCCUUGUCAGAAAAGAAUGCGUUGUGGCAGUGCAUGCUUGCAUCUUGCAUGUGCUCUAUUCUGCAUGCUGCAAUCUGAUAGAGACCCAUCACAAUAUUAACGGUCGAUCUUUCGUUUCAAGAUUCAGGGUUCUCGUUUCAGGGACGGGGUCAAUAUCCAUUUACGAGGCCUCUCUAGCGCUUAGUUUGGCC